AUGUUCUGCUACCACUGUCCACCGUCGCUGCACCCGGCCGGACCGCACCCGCCACGGUUGCCGACGCUCGAGUAUCCGUUCGCCCCGACGCAUCCUUAUACCAGCUACUCCUAUCAUCCGGCCAUCCACGAUGAAAGUUUCGUUCGGCGAAAGCAACGACGGAACCGGACCACCUUCACGCUCCAGCAGCUCGAGGAACUGGAAACGGCCUUCGCCCAAACCCACUAUCCCGAUGUGUUCACCCGGGAGGAUCUGGCGAUGAAGAUCAACCUAACCGAGGCCCGUGUGCAGGUCUGGUUCCAGAACCGGCGGGCCAAGUGGCGUAAGGCCGAGCGGCUGAAGGAGGAACAGCGCAAACGGGGCGGCAGCGGUGGCGGUGGUGCGGACGGGGCCGACUCGCAGCUGAUGGGCGAUAAGCUCGACACGGACAGCCGGGACUCGAGUCCGGACAUUACCGGUGAUGCCGAUGACGACGAUAUGCGCAGCUCGAGCGUGCCGCCCAUGAGUCCGCGCGUGGACUCGGAACCCGAGCGGCCCUCCUCUUCUACGCAGCUCAACUCAACGCACUCGCACUCAGCAUCCAACAGUGCCGGAACACCGUCACCGGGCCUGAAAUUCGCACCGUACUCGGUGCCGAGUCCAGCACCGUCCGCCUCGGCCGAUUCACCGAUCGAGGUCGGCGGUCCAAUUUCGCUGACGACCACAUCCAGGACUCCACCGAGCGAGUCGCCGCACCAUGUGACCAGCAGCUCGAUCGCCAGCCUGUCGACGGCCACCACGACGCCCAGCUUCAGUAGCCACAUCUUCGGGAACUUCACCGAAAGUAACGGCGGAUUCCGGCCCGUGCUCGAUAAUGGACAACCGAGGACUACGCCACCACUGUUCUUGCCGCCGCACCUGGCAUCGCUCAGCUCCCAGUUCAAUCCGCCACUGUUUCCGAGCCUAAAAGCGGCCUUUCCCGGGCUCUGCUCGUGCUGUCCGGCUAAAGCACCGGCCACCUCCGGUGCGUCGUCCGUCUCACCAACGUGCACCUCUUCGACCGCCUCACACUCGCCGUCAUCGGCCCACCACCACUCGACGGCCGGAUCGGCCCUGUCGGCCAUCACCAGUUCCGUGGCGGGCGCUGGCUCCGGGCUGCCGGAUCCGCGGUCUUCAUCGGUCGCCGAGCUGCGCCGCAAAGCCCAGGAACACUCGGCCGCCCUGCUGCACUCCCUGCAGGCGGCAGCCGCUGCCGGACUGGCCUUUCCCGGGUUCCACUUGCCACCGCUGUCGCUCCAUUCGGCCCUCAGCAGUGGCCGGAAGCCGUCGGACUUUAUCAGCGAUCUGUCGAUGCACCACCACCACCAUCACCAUCUGGCGGCCGGUGCCCACCAUCUGAGCGGCCAUUUGGCGAGCCUCCAUCAGCAUCAUCACAACAACAACAAUAGCACCGCCGCUGCGAACAACAACACCAGCGGCACGAGCAGCACAAACCCGGCGAACCACAGCCCCUCGGCCGGCUCGAUGCUGGCCACCGAUGUGCCCCGCUCACCCCGCACGCACACCGCCUCCGGUGGACAUGAGAAAUCGGACUCGAACGAGUAAUGCCUCUCUAUUUGAACUAAAUUCGGUGCAAAAACCGUUGUACGUUCCGAAGGUGUUUUAGCGGCCAUUCCAUGUUUAGUGUUCUACGGGAAGUAAAAUAGAAAUCGCAAUGAAGACGAAGUCUGGGGUGUAGAGUUUAGAAUAAACAGGCGUGAUCAUCCUUUUCGGCCACCGGGCCACGCAAAACGAUUAUUUAUUCUUUCGGUUGCUUGAGGCCGAUUGCUACACUAAGAAACAAUAAACUCGUGUUAUCAUUUAUUUCAUGGUUAUCGAGGUUAUAAUUUUGUACGGAUUGUAGUUAAUGGAAAAAGAUAUGCAAAAAGGUAUUUGU